CUGAGCGAGCAUACUUAUGUAUUCGUGUGGCGUCGUUGUAGGGACCCGAGUCUUGCCGCGAACCUUUCGAGUUCUUCGAGAUGUUACGCCUAUCAGCCUCUACUCGAGGCGGCGCCGUUAACUGCACCCGGCUUCGCAGAGCGUGUCUGAAGGCAGGGAAGCUAAGCGUAACUCCUGGAACCCGUAACUUCAGUCUUUUGCCCGGUAACAACGGCGAGCCGAAGCAGAAGCUUGUUAUCCUUGGUUCCGGCUGGGGAGGAUACGAGGUACUGAGGGGAGUUGAUAGAAAACGAUGGGAUGUCACUAUCAUUAGCCCAAGCACUUACUUCAACUUUACUCCCCUCCUUGCAAGUUGUGCUGUCGGAACCCUCGAAUACCGAUGCGCGAUCGAGUCGGUUCGGAGAUUCACGCCUGAAGCGAAAGCGUAUCAAGCGUGGUGCGAUCAUAUAGACUUUCAGAAUAAGACUUUGACAUGUAUGCCAGCGACCCCACCUUUGUCGUUCGAGAAGGCGCCAGCGCCACCACUCGACGCAACAACAACUGCAUUUCCGGGCACUGGCACGACGUUUGAGGUAAAAUAUGACAAGCUGGUAAUUGCUGUCGGCGCCUAUUCACAAACGUUCGGUAUACCGGGCGUGAAAGAACAUGCGUACUUCCUGAAAGACGUCAAGGAUGCAAGGGCAAUCCGCACCAGAUUACUAGAAUGUCUGGAGCAGGCAUCGCAGCCGUUCCUCACGGAUGAACAACGGAGAAAACUACUUCACUUUUGUGUCGUCGGUGGUGGCCCUACGGGCGUUGAGUUUUCGGCGGAACUGCAUGAUCUCCUGACCACGGACAUCCGAAAGCAUUACCCGGAUCUCGAACCUCUAUGCAGCAUCACUUUGUACGACGUAGCUCCAGGUAUCUUAGGAAUGUUCGAUAGGAAUCUGAUGCAGUAUGCCGAAAACACGUUUAAAAGGGAAGGCAUCGAGAUGAGGACCAGCCAUCACGUAGAAAAGGUUGAGAAGAAUAAAUUGUUCGUUAAGGAGCAAGGGGAAGUGCCGUUCGGGUUGCUCGUAUGGAGUACUGGACUAGCUCCAAAUCCUCUGCUGCUCUCCAUAGACUCGGUACAGAAGCACGACAGAAGUGGAAGUUUACUAACAGAUAAUAACUGUAACGUCCUGCUCAAGAAGGACGGGGGCAAGGGGACGGAGGAUGCUACCGACCCGGAUGUGUACGCCAUUGGUGACGCAGCUAUAAUCAAGGGCUAUAGUCUCCCGGCCACAGCCCAAGUGGCGAACCAAAAGGCAAAGUAUAUUGCCAAGAAGUUGAAUAGAUUAGUCCGAAAUAAGGAUGGAACGGAACCGUUCGAAUUCAAUAAUAUGGGAAGCCUCGCAUAUAUAGGCAACUGGAAAGCACUAUAUGACAGAUCGAAGGCUCAGACUGGACCGAAGACGGUGAAGACGGGCACCUUGGCUUGGCUCCUUUGGCGUUCCGCAUAUUUCACUAAGACCCUCAGUGUCCGCAAUAAAGUACUAGUGCCGACGUAUUGGUUCCUUAAUUGGCUCUUGGGACGGGACUUGUCCAGGUUUUAGAGAAUCAACGGCAUACGCUAUAUUCACAAUCUAGGUAUUCAUAGUCGCCGUGGUAAUGUGGGUAUUCAAACUUCAGAGUGACCAGGG